GGAGCUGGUGUUACCUCUCUUCUGUGUGUCUCUCUCAUUGGCAUCCCGCUCUGCAGAAAGGACGGCUGUGUUUCUGUGGAUAAAGAAGCUUUCACACAGAAAGCCUCGAUGAAGAUGAAGAUGUUGCUGUUUCUGCUUCUCCUGGGAAUAGUAGGCCCACACUGCACAUCUGCACGGACUCACUCUAUGAAGUAUUUCUACACUGGAUCCUCUGGAGUCCCAAAGCUCCCAGAGUUUGUGAGUGUUGGGUUGGUUGAUGACGUUGAGAUGACUCACUACGACAGCAACACCAAGAGAGCAGAACCCAAACAGGACUGGAUGAAGAACAUCACAGACGAGGUUCCUCAGUACUGGGAGAGGAACACUCAGAUCUCUCUGGGUAACCAGCAGGUCUUCAAAGUCGACAUUGAAAUUGUAAAGCAGCGCCUCAACCAAACUGGAGGUGUCCACAUUUUCCAGCAGAUGUACGGCUGUGAUUGGGAUGAUGAGACUGGUGAGGUCAAAGGUUAUAAUCACUAUGGUUUUGAUGGAGAAGACUUCCUAGUACUGGACCUGGAGACAGAGACAUGGAUCGCUCCAAGACGAGAGGCUGUCCUCACCAAACAGAAGUGGGAGAAUGACAAAGCUUUGAUGGCCCAGCUGAAGAACUACUUCACCCAUAUCUGUCCUGAGUAUCUGAAGAAGUAUGUGAACCUUGGGAGGAGCGUUCUGAUGAGAACAGAGAUCCCCUCAGUGUCUCUGCUCCAGAAGUCCCCCUCCUCUCCAGUCAGCUGCCACGCUACAGGUUUCUACCCGGACAGAGCCGCCAUGUUCUGGACCAGAGACGGAGAGGAGUUUCACCACAACGUGGACCACGGAGAGAUCCUGCCCAACCACGACGGAUCCUUCCAGAUGAGCGUGGACCUGGACGUCUCCUCAUUCCCCGCUGAACACUGGGACAAGUACCGAUGUGUGUUCCAGCUCUCUGGGGUGAAGGAGGACCACGUCAUCGUACUGGACCCAGCUGUGAUCAGGAGCAACAGAGGGAAUCCCCUCCUCCUCCCCCUCAUCAUCGGUGCUGCAGUGGCUGCUCUCGCUCUCCUCCUCGCUGGGAUUGGAUUCCUGGUUUACAGGAAGAGGAACGCCAAUAAAAAACCUCUCUCUGCUGCCUCCAGCGCUGAGCUCACUGAGAGACUGAACCAGCCACCACAGUGAGGUGCUUCACAUCAACUCUCCACCUGUUGCAUCAGGGGGCGCUGCCUCCACGUUCUCCCCGUAAACUGUUCAUUAUUCAUCAACUGAUCAAUAACUGAUCAAUAACUGAUCAGUUAUUGAUCAUAUUAGGGUUUGGAAAUCAAGCAAUAGCUCAUUGAUUGGAAAACAGAGGAAUCAUGUUAUUUGGAUCAUUUGGGUUUCACAUCAAAAGGUGGCUUUCCCUCUGAUUAUGGAUUUACACACUCACACACACACACACACACACAGACACAGACACACGCACACACACACACACACACACACAGACACAGACACACGCACACACACACACACACACACACACACACACACAUACCAUGUAUACAUCACUUCAGGGGACAUUACAUUGACUUACAUGCAUUUCCUGGAGACGUAUCCUCACCCUAACCAUAACCAACACAUGCCUAACCCUAACCAAGUCUUCACCCUAAAAUUAUCAUGUAUCAGUGUAAAUAUUCAGCUUGUUAAUGUUUGGAUCCGGCCAGGUAGAGUGAUCUUGUUUUCCCUUUCUGAGCUUUUCUUUUUUUGUGACCAACUUUUUAUUGUUGUUUUUUUUUUUUGCCCUCACAAAAGGGACUUAUACAAAUGAUAUAGACAAUACAAAAA